CUUCAUUUGCAGUUUCUAAAAAUAAAAACAGUUCGUCAUGAUUGACAUUCUAAGCCUUCAAUUCGGGUGGCCAAAUGAAAGCUCUCGAUAUAAUUGGAUUCCGUUUGUCCAUGAAAAUAUAACUUACUUAGGGUAUGUAUUUUUCUUUGGAAUGGGAACAAGACUAACUACUUCUCAGCUUCGUUUAGCCAUUUUUGGAGAUACACGUGCAGUAAACAAAGAACUAUAAAAUUUGUGAGAAAGGUAUGAUUAACUAUGAUUUCCGAUGAAGAGACACCUAUGAGGUGCGUUACUUUAGGAACAUACAUUUUCCAUAAAAAGAAAAAAAAAGAAGACGGGGCCAAUUUCUUUCCUUCGAUCUCCCUUGCAGUGUCAAAUUCAAAAUACUAUGUAGACUUCCUCGACGAUCUUAGGUUAUUACAUGCAAUUUUAGAAAUAGUCUCAAUUUGGCACGGUGACAAUCCAACAUGGCGCUUGAUUUCCUGCAAAUCAUAGACUAACAGACUAUUUUAAUCACGAUCUUUCCUUAAAGUGGAAUUUCAAAACUUAAUAAACACACUUCCAUCGAAGGGUUUUUCUUUUAUUGCGGUGUAUCAGAGUUAUUUAGCUCAGGCUGAGAGAUUACAUUAUAUUGUCUUGGAAUGUUAUGUCAUGCUGAUCUGCAGCGCGCUCAAUAUCCCCGAUCUACCUUCAGAAUUUAAGCCAGAUCUUACGCAACUCAGAUUUUUGCGGAACUGUUGUUAGUAUGAUACUGGCGCAAGAGAGGACAAAGUCCAGUCUUUAUUGGCGUAUACAAGGCUUAAAAAAAAAACUAGAGUGAAAAAUAAGAAAAAGGGGUAAUUAUAUUUUCAGUGAGACAAGUGCGAUGACAAAGCGUUUUUGUUCCUCUAGGCCAUCCAAUCUAACCAAUUAAGAACAUGAUUGCAAUUGCAUAAAAAAAAUAACAGCACGUCCAAAUAUACUUUUCGUUUUUCUUUUUUAAUUUGGAAAGCAAAGCAGCAGUCUUAAAUUAUAAACCAUUACAAAUUGGUUCGGCAUGAAUUUGUGAAUGGCAUUAUAAUUCCGACUGUUUAUUUUCUUGUGUCUGAAUAUUAUUUAUUUCAAAAAGAAAGAAGAAGUUUGUUUAAAUAUGAACAUGGCUCUGUCAAGGUAAAAUUAACGCCUUUGGUUAUAAAGUUAUUCUUUUUUCUCAUCCCAAGUUAGCUGUUUUCCUUACUAAGGAAAAAUAUUACAAUUUUCCUUUUAAAUUAAUAAAGAGAUGAAUGAAUCUUAUUUCAGUAAGCUAUUGAAGAAAUUUGAAACUGUUUAGAUCUACAGUGAACUUUGAGGGGGCGGAGUGAAUGAUACUACAAUAUCCGCUUCUUCAGUCAAGUUUUACAUUCGUAUUUUCCCAUUUAUCACCAUGACAUGUACUUCCUGUACUUGUGUCUGUAAUUGUGUAAUUUUGUCCAUUUACAAGACUGCUAGAUCUAACUUAAUAAUUACAUGCUUUUUCAUUUCUAGAGCAAAAGUGCUCUCGUUCAAUGGCGUUUUUUAAGCUACUUUUAUUAACGAAAGACGUUCAAAUUGUAGCAUACUUCACUCUCCUCUCGAAGAGAAUUUUAACCUGGAAGAAAAGAUGCAGUAAAAACUUAUCACUCACCGUGAAGAAUCAAACUUCAGACCUUCGGAUUCCGCCCGCCGCCGCUCACCACUGAGCCACAUAGACUCUGCAGUGAGCAAGGUCGUCACGAGGUACUGGGUAAUUUGGUAUUAUCAACUGAGUUGAUAAGGUCGAUGAAGAAGGACCAGUUACUGGCUACGUUAAUCGCUAAUACGCUAAUCGCAGCUGAUCCUUUUCUGAAUCGAAGAUUGCGGGUAAAUCGUUGUGUUUCCUUAGCAAAACAACUCUAGAGUAGGAGACCCCCUUGAAGAAAUCGAACAUUGUGCCAUAUUUCAUAAAGGUAGUGAAACAGCUGCAAAUCCCUGUUUGUCUACGGCUAAGAGGAAAAAACAAAGAACAGAGGAAGUUAAAGAACACAAAGGAAAGCCUGACUCAUUUUUAAGUGUGGAUUCAUCAUUCAUUUACUGAUGCAACUAGCCGUGAACAACACAUCCACUUCGGCUUCUUUUACACCCGACGCUGAAAGCUACCCUGGUGUAGACACAAAUGUAUUAAUCCCGCUUUCCAUAACAUGGGGUGCACUAGGUCUUGUGUCAACUGCACUCAACAUCAUCGUAUGCCUGAUAGUUCUGAGCGACCGACGGCUGUGGACAAUUACUAACUCAUUUAUAGUGUCUCUUUCGGUGGCCGACCUACUUAUAGCUGCUGCGCUCAUUCCGAUUUACAUUUGCGAGAACUUUACUAUGACGAAGACGCCAAUUACUGGGUAUGUUAUCGCCUUUCUACUUCUUGCGUCGAUCUUCAACAUCGGCGCGGUAACCUACGAGCGAUACGUGGCUCUGACCAGACCACUCGGUUACCGGGUGACAAUGAACGCUACCAGAGUAGCGGUGAUCAUCUCCCUGUGUUGGAUCUUACCUUGUUUCAUCUCGAUACUUCCAGUGGCUUGGGAUGCUGAUCCGAUGUCGAAAUAUCACAAAAUUUACCUGUUUGUUACUGUAUUUGGCUUCGUUCUGUUGCCGUGCUUGGUGAUGGUGUGGAUUUACGUGCGUCUUCUCCGCGUGGUGCGUCGAUUCAUCUCUCGAAAUCGAAGGCGGUCCACUUGGGGUAACAGAACGGGGGAGCGGGCGGGGAACGAAGACAAGGCGGUGAUAGUGUUUGCUCUAAUUUUCGGGAUGUUUCUUCUCUCUUGGAUGCCACUUAUUUACAUCAACAUCUGUGAAAUAUUUGAUCAGCUUAACCUGGUCUCGUUGCCACUUCUCUAUGUUUCGUUCUAUACUUUGCUUUUCAACACCAUCAUGGACCCAUUGAUUUACGCGUUUUUGAAGAAAGACUUCAGCGAAAGUUUAAAGAGAAGGUUGAAAAAAGACGACUAUAACACCCCAAGAGAAGAAUCACAAGUAGAAAUAACAAUGGUUAAAUCAAAAUGUUAACGAAAUAGUCUAAUAUCAAUUAAGAUUAAGUCGUAUUAAUUUUUUUUUAUAGAGCUUUUAAGGCAGAUUACUACAACAUCAACAGAUUCGCCAUUAUCAACUGUGAUCGGAACUUCUAUUUUUUUGCGCUGCUGUGUGGGAUCCCACCCAGGAGUGACCCCGCAGGGUUUUUAGUGAAAGCCGGUUGACGCUGUUUGUUUUUCUCGCGGGCAGGCUCUCGUGUUUUUGUGGUUUUGCUUUAUGGCCACUUAAACAAAAGGUUAGCGGACUCCCUGGUGACCAAAAAUAAGUUUCUCCUUACAAUAUCAAUCAUUUUCAAAGAGAAACGCCAUGAAAAGAAAGAAAAAUGUCAGCUUGGGGGAACUUGUUUGAUGAAACAUCAGAAUCUCAGAAUAAAAGUUAUGAUUAAUGUAUGACAAGGCGUGCGGAGAAUUGAUAUUUUGUGCGUGAAAAUUUUCACAUGUCGGAUUUUUUCUCGUAUUUUUACAACACAAAAGGAAAUCGCGUAAAUUCGAUUAUCUUUUCAAGAUUUAUGGGCUCGAUUGACAUUUAGUUUCAGCUGAAAUUUUUCUUUUUCAGUGAAACUAAGCCUGAAAACCUUUCACGAUAUCAAGUGGCCGUGAACAUCAGUUUUACGAGCAGUUUAUCUCGUAUUUUUUGUUUCUUCAGCAAAAACAUCCUUUUGAACGCCACUUUUAACUUUCUUGGUGCACUUAAUUAACUCGAUGCAUUUUUGAACGAUUUGAAAAUGCUCAAAUUCUUUUUUUUUUUUUUUUUUUUUUUCUUCUGAUAAUGACGGUCAGACUUUACUUUUAGCUUAAUUUCGAGAUAGUUCAGUGUGAAAAUCUCGUAUCGCACUCUAAAAUAGAUUUAUGCAUCUUGCAGUUGCCUAAUCGGGUAUAUAAAUUUUGACGAGUAUGUAAUUAAUAAAAAUGCACCCUUAGUAAAAGUAUAUGAGUGGGUGUGGCCGAAGCCAACUAUGAAAUCGCUAGUUAAUUUAAAAAAAGAUAAAAGCUGCUCUAGAGAAAGAAGAGACAUUUUCAUCUGAGGUGCACCAUAGGGAAAAAACAAUGUUGCAUCUCGAUAUCUUCCAACCCUACCUUCCAGUGAUUUUCCACGGGUCAUUAUCUGACUAGACAACAUAAGAGGUUUACGCUUAAUAUAGGGGGUGAUUCCUUGGAAAGUUGUUGAUAAAAUAGAACGCGUGUUAGAGUGGAAAAUACUUCUUAAUUAUCUUAUCUUAUUUUCUUUCAGUAAAGUUAAAAAAAUGACAUGAUUUAUUGAA